UGGCUUGUCAGUUUGUUACAGAGAGGAACUGCGGAGCGUGGUGGUGACGUCACAGCUCCAGCCAGGUGGCAUUCCAAGUGGAGAGAGAGAACGUAGAGUCACAAUCAGAAUUCAAAAUCAGAUUUUUCGAGUCAGAAUGUGAGGCGUGCGGGUUGUAAAUGUGAAACCUGCAAGCAACGAUCGCUAGUUACGCACAUUUUACACCGAAUCUGAGCUCGAGAAGGAAGAGCAGUUGUUUGCAAACAACACAACAGCAAAGUGGGAUUGUUGAGAAAGGAAAGCGGACAGUGAAUAUUGAAAGGGGACGAAAAAAGCAAGCAACAUGUCUUCUGCACAAGUGUCUUCUUCCAGGAGACAGUCGUGCUACCUCUGCGAUUUGCCUCGCAUGCCAUGGGCAAUGAUUUGGGAUUUUACAGAACCCGUCUGCAGAGGAUGCGUAAAUUAUGAAGGCGCUGAUCGGAUCGAGUUUGUGAUUGAGACUGCCCGCCAGCUGAAGCGAGGUCAUGGUUUCCAAGAUGGGCGAUCCCCUGGACCACCACCCCCACCAACAGUAAAAGCCCAAGCAGGUUUACCCGCAAAAGAGACUGUGCAGCUGAAUCAUGUGGACGGGUCAUCGAAAGCGCCACAACCGGGACUGGAUCGCUACUCGCUAAACACAGAACGAACCCGAUUUGAGUACCCGGGCAUGGGCGUCCACGCUGGCAGGCUUCCUAAUGGCCUGAGCGGUCCAAAUGGAUUUCCUAAACCUGACGAUGGACCCCCUGAACUGAACAGACAGAGCCCCAACUCGCGUAGAAAUCACGGAAUGGUUCCCGUCCCCGGCCAGAUGAAUGUGCCUCCCAAUCUUUUGCCCCAGACAAUGCUGAAUGGCCCGGCUACUGCAGCAGCGAUCCCUCCGCAUGGUCUCAGUAGCCGACCCCCUCCUCCAACAAGCUUGGGACCUUCUUUAUCCAUGGCCACACAGUCGAUGUCAGACGCAGGGAAAAGACCGGGUUCAGUGUCCAGCACUGACCAGGAGAGGGAUUUGAAAGAAAAACAGCGCAAUGCAGAAGCUUUGUCUGAGCUCAGUGAAAGUUUAAGGAACAGAGCUGAAGAUUGGGUAAACAAACCUAAAAUUGUGCGAGAGACUCUAAUUACGCUUUCCAACAGCACUCCAUUUGAUGUCAGAUUUAAAAAGGACCACUCUUUAGUGGGCAGGGUGUUUGCUUUUGAUGCCGUUUCCAAACCGGGGAUGGAAUAUGAGCUGAAAAUAUUCGUCGAGUACCCCAGUGGAGCCGGCAACGUGUUCUCCAGCGCAUCAGGGGUGGCCAAACAAAUGUAUCAAGACUGCAUGAAAGAUUUUGGUAGGGGGCUUUCUUCUGGCUUUAAGUAUCUGGAAUAUGAAAAGAAGCAUGGCUCAGGUGACUGGCGGCUACUUGGUGAUUUGCUUCCAGAAUCGGUACGUUUCUUUAAAGAAAUGGUAGGUUCAGAGAUGCUGCCACAGCCUUACAUUGAUGCCAGCUGCCCUUUGUUACCCACUGCUUUGGUUAACGUCCCUCGUGCCUUGCCAACAGCAAAUGCCACAAGGACUGGUAUUCGUAAAAGGAAAGCUUCUCCGGAGCCCGACUCGGCAGAGGGACCUUUGAAAUUAUCCGAGGAGCAGCAGAGGCAACAGUGGAUGGCAAGCCAAAGUGAAGCACUGAAACUCACCAUGGCAUAUGGAUCAAACCAUGGGGGACACCCACCUCUUGUACCCGGUCACCCCACACACUCCAACAGGACAACCCCACCUGAAACUACACCCCAGAACGGACAGUCCCCUAUGGCUGCUCUCAUGUCGGUUGCAGACACUUUGGGCAAUGCCCAUUCCCCCAAGGAUGGAAGCUCAGUACAUUCUACCACCUCUACAAGGCAUAACAACAGCAGCCCCGUCUCCCCAGCUUCCAUAACCGGACAGCGUCGCUUGGCGUCCCGCAAUGGAGAAAUGAAUCUUCCCGUGGCACCCCCACCUACUAGUGCCCACACUGGCAUGGACCAAGUUCACCCUCAAAACAUUCCAGAUUCCCCAAUGGCCAAUAACGGACCCCUGUGCUGCACCAUUUGUCAUGAACGUUUGGAGGACACACACUUUGUACAGUGCCCGUCAGUGCCCAACCACAAAUUCUGUUUCCCUUGUUCUAGAGAAAGCAUCAAAGCGCAAGGGGCAACUGGUGAGGUGUAUUGCCCUAGCGGAGAGAAAUGUCCACUGGUAGGUUCAAACGUGCCUUGGGCAUUUAUGCAAGGUGAGAUAGCUACAAUUUUAGCUGGGGACGUUAAAGUGAAAAAAGAGAGAGACCCUUAAGUGUAUGCUUCAGAAUUUCUGAAGAGAAAAUAUAUACACACGUUGUGAAUAUAACAAACUGACAAAAUUAGUCUUAUGUACAGACAUUGUUAUUUUCGUCGUAUGUUUCUAUAUUUUGAAACAAAAGGUAUGUACUCUUCUUCAUUUGAAGGAAGACGCUGUUUUGUUAAACAGAAUUUACUGACUGGUUACUGCAUAACUGUUCUCAUUUUUGGUGGCAGUGUGUUGGCUAGGUACAGAGUUGAAGCACUUAGCAAUUACUGCUGCUAGUGUAUUUGUUUUUUUGUAAAUGUAUGCACUUCUCUAAAUUUGCCAAGGCCAGUGUUGACGCCUAAAAAAUGCAGACAAAUUGUUAAACAAUGGUGACAGCUUGUUAUGUUUAUAAACCCCGGUGUUAGCAAAGGCGAGGGGUACUGUUUUUUUUUUUUUUUUUUUGUUUGUUUUGUUUUGUUUUUUUAAACAUCAUUUUAUUUUACGAGGGCAAAAUGUUUCAUUUUCUUAUCUUGUGACCUAAACAUUUUUUUACUACGUUUUUUCUCCUUUUUCUUUUGCUUUAUUGAUGCACGGAUGCUUAACUAGAGCAAAUGCUGUACAUGAAAAUAUGCUGUCUGUCCUUUCUACAUUUCUGUAGUAACAGAAGACUGUAAUGUGCCUUGGAGCUGAGUAAAUUGUAAUAAAUUCAAUUGAUAUUAA